UGAAAGUGGUUACCACAGAGCUUACCUGAUUGUUCCGAAUGUACGUCGGCAAGAUUACCAGUAGCUUUUACUUUAGUUCGCAGCUCCGUUUAGCCUAGCCCAUAUUCGGGGUCCCGGUCACACAAUGGCAGAAUCAGCAAUCAAAUCUAACGGUACCAACGGAGUGAACCUUAACGUUGACGAUAAGACAGAUUCGGAUGCAUGCUGCGGUGGUUGUCGAAAAUACACUAAAAGUUGUGCUAUAACGCAAGCAUACAGAAAUGAAAUAGUACAACUUUUACAACUUGCUGGACCUGUGUUUAUUUCGCAGUUGAUGAUCUUUCUUAUAAGUUUCAUCAGCACGGUGUUUUGUGGGCACAUGGGCAAAACGGAGCUGGCUGGAGUUGCAUUAGCAAUAGCGGUGAUCAAUGUCACAGGCAUCUCUAUUGGUUCUGGCCUGGCUUCAGCCUGUGACACACUCAUAUCUAAGACGUUUGGGGGUGGUAACCUGAAGCGUGUGGGAGUGAUUCUUCAGAGGGGGGUUCUGAUCCUGAUGCUGGCCUGCUUCCCCUGCUGGGCUCUGCUCAUCAACACUUAACCAAUCCUGCUGGCUGUCCGACAGAGCCCAGAGGUGGCCAGGCUCUCCCAACUUUACGUGAAAAUCUUCAUGCCCGCUCUUCCAGCUGCCUUCAUGUACCAGCUACAAGGCAGGUACCUACAGAAUCAGGGUAUCAUUUGGCCACAGGUCAUAACCGGAGCGGUGGGCAACAUUCUCAACGCUCUCAUCAAUUACGUCUUCCUGUUCCAGCUGGACCUGGGCGUGGCUGGAUCUGCAGCUGCAAACUCCAUAUCCCAGUACUCCCUAGCGGUGCUCCUCUUUGUAUACAUCGUCUGUAAAGGGCUGCACAAGCCCACCUGGGAUGGCUGGUCACGUGACUGUCUGCAGGAGUGGGAUGCCUUCAUCCUGCUGGCCAUACCCAGUAUGCUCAUGCUCUGUCUGGAGUGGUGGACCUAUGAGAUCGGAGGCUUCCUAGCAGGGCUGAUCAGCGAGGUCGAGCUUGGGGCACAGUCGGUCGUGUACGAACUGGCUGUCAUCGCGUACAUGUUCCCCAUGGGCUUCUCCGUGGCUGCCAGUGUGAGAGUGGGCAAUGCUCUAGGAGCCGGGGACAUGGAGCAGGCUAAGCUGUCCGGCAAGGUGUCCAUCAUCUGUGCAUGUACGAAACCAACACCCCACACUAGCAAUGCAUAUGCCAGGAUACCCUGCUAUAUACCCCGCCCUAUUAGGAAGGUGUGCCCCGACUGCGUGAUAUGACGAGUUGCUAGUGACGCGCUAUGUCUUGCGUCUUCGGCAUGAACCAGCUCCGCUUGAUUAGUGCCAAGGAGCAGUCCGUAAUUUUGUCUGACACGUGCAACAAUAGCGAUCAACUGCAAUAUAACAUUAUUCUGAUGAUAGGACAGUGCAACAAAACAACAUAAGAUAUCAAGUGCAACAUUGUUUGUAGGUGCAGUCUGUUAACAAGACAAUACUACAACAGAAUUAGAAAUACAACAUCAAAAAUCGAAAAAGGUCAGUCAAGGUCAAAUACAACUAGUAACAAGAAAUAAACAGUUAAGUGUAGUUUAAGGUGCAAUUGAGUCGAGUGAUAAGUUGUUAGCCCAGGUGGAGUUUGUAGAGGUUCAACCUCAACUCUGCCAAGCCAUCGUAUACCGGUAAUAAUGUUAAUGUGGAAAUAUUUUUAUUUGAAAUGUGCGUGAGACUCUACCUGAAUGACUGGAAUUGUUUCCUCUACCCUAUCAUGUUAUUGUUUCUCUCUUUGUGGGCGGCAUCUUUGGAGGGAUGAAAGAUGUGAUCGCAUACGUCUUCACCACAGACCUAGAAAUUGUUAACAGGGUUGCCGACGUCAUGUUGCUGUA